UAUUUUUCAACAUUUAUAUAUAAAAUGCCUCGUGCAGCUUGGAAAGGUCCAUUUUUUGUCGCAUUCCCUGGGUUGAAACAAGCUGUUCAAGCAGGUACACCCAUUGCAACUCAAGCUCGUAGCUGUACCAUUUUACCGUCGUUCGUUGGACUCAAGUUUUUAGUACACAAUGGAAAGGAUUAUUUACCAGUACAUGUAACUGAAGAAAUGAUUGGACACAAGUUGGGAGAAUUUGCCUUCACCAGAAAGCGUUUCACUUACCGUUUUACCAAGGCCAAAUAGAAGCAUCGACCACACAACCCACAUACACCCCUUUUUGUACAAUAAAAAAACAAUUAAAAGUA